CCCGAAGGAAGCUUUGUAAAGGCCUCCCAAACCUCCCUUUCUCCACUUCUGAGUAAGAGGACCGCAAGGGAAGAGGAGGAAGUGUCUGACAAGCACUCCUCUUUGCCUUUUGGCCGACUUGCCAGGUAGAUCUCUCCAGUCCGCGCGUCGAGUUGACACCGCAGCGAAGAUCCCCUUCUCGCCCCUCCGUCCGGAGGUUUUCCAACACGUACCCGUCCCCCUUUCCUCCUCCGGAGGUUUUCCAAGGUAAGAAGGAAGCGGAACAGCCUCGACCGACAAUCAAGCGGACCACGGUUGCUUGGCCUGUGGUCAGGCUCCCUCCGCCUCCGCAUCGGGAUCUUCCCCCCUGUCGACAACGAUGGGACGCUCGUGGUUCGGGAUCCUCCACGCGUUCGACCACUUGCUGGCGAGUGCCUUCUACCGAUUGUCCCAUAUGGCUGGGCGGAACAAGGUCCCCUUCAUCCUCAUCCCCGUGGCUCUCGCCCUGGCAGGCCUGGCGACGUUCCUUUCCUUGAUGGUGUAUGAGCCGCGAAUGGAUGCCCUCUACUUCCCCACUGACUCGAGAGCCGUGUACGACGACGCGGCAGUGGAGAAGAUCUGGGGCGAUCAGGGCAUCAGGUACGUAGACAGACUCACCCAGGUGCUGCUGAGUCGAGUGGAAUAACUUGUGUGGGGGGGUCCGAUUUGAUUGCAGGUUCAGCCAAGUCAUGCUCGUGUGGCAGGGGAAUUUUGAUGCCAACGUGCUCACGGCCGAGCGAUUCGCCAAGGCUCACAAAGUUGUCCAAGGCAUCCUGACGGACAGGGUGGACCACGACGGUAAGACCGUCAACUUCACCGACGUGUGCGUCCGCAGCAGGACCCCCGACGAUAGCUGCUUCCUCCUUUCCGUGUUCAAUGGCUGGAACAACGAGACUCUCCCAAGCACCGACGAGCAGCUGAUUGAACAGCUGAAUGCGCCGACUCGCGUGGACCGGUGGAAGAGACCGCUGCGCGAUGAAGUGCCGCUGCUGCUGGCGAAAGCACACUACGAUUCCGAGAGCCGGGUGGACAGCGCUGCUGCCUAUCACUUCAUCUUUGGCACCAAACCGACAGAUGAAGGCACAUCAUGGUGAGGAAACCAAAGUCAGUCGAUUUGCCAACGCAAACGUCUGUUUUCUCGUAUGUCUGAUGUGUGACGUCUGCAGGGAAGGCAAUCUGGUCUCGCGAUUCAUCGACGUGAACACCGAGGAGUGGGGCGAGAGCGAAGGCUUCCGCGUCUAUGUGCGCACAGAGCACUCAAUCGACACGGAGGUGGAGCGGUCCGUCGGAGGCAACCUGCUCCUGAUGUCAGUCGUCUUCAUCAUCCUUAUCGGUCAGUGGGCAGUCCGCACGUCGCCGCCUGACCUUACAAAUUCCUCAUUUCUGUGUGAUGUGCACGUGGUCAGGUUAUGCGGUGUCCGUCACAUACCGCCACAGGAACCUCGUCCGCUCCCAAAUGCUGGUUGCGCUGACCGGCGUGGCCAUUGUGGGCCUUUCCUUGUGUUUGACGUACGGCAUCUGCGCUCUCGCGGGGAUCCCCUUCACGGCAGGUACGUCCAUGCCAACACAGGUCACAUGGAUGCGCCGGCCAUAUGUUGGUCGUCUUCUCCCUUUUUGUCAGUCGUCGGGCUCUCACCUUUCCUCAUCCUCGGCAUCGGCGUCGACAACAUCUUCAUCAUCAUCAACACGCUGCACGAGAGGGAUCCCGACCUUGAGUCGAGGGAGCGAGUGUCCCUGACCAUGAAGGAGUGCGGCCCGUCGAUCACCAUGACCACUCUCACAUCCUUCGUCGCCUUCGCCGCCGGCGCGGGGGCAUCGUUCCCUGUGGUCUCCGGAUUCUGCAUCUACACAUCGAUCGCCAUCCUCUGUGCGCGAGACGGGCAGAUCAGCUCAUUGUGAAUGCAGCACAACAUUGGAAUAUCUAUGUCUGUGUGUGCCGUCUGCAGGUGCCUUCCUGAUGACGAUUACUGCAUUCCUAGCGUGCGUGCACCUGGACGCCAUACGACAGAGCAGAAACCGGUGAGCAUCAACGAGACGGCAAGGGGCAAUCGUGCGUUGUUGAUGAUUUGUCGACUUCUGGAUGGGGUGGCUGUGUGCGUCUCGUGCGUGCAGGAUCGACUUGGUCUUCUGUAAGAGCAGGGAUCCGAAGGCAUACAAGGGGUCGCAUCAGCGGCUGCCGUGGGGCCCUACAGCAAUCGUCAAGGUGCACUUGGGCCCAUUCCUCGCGAGGCCCAUCGUCAAGGCACUGGUUGUCCUCUCGUUCCUUUCCCUGCUGGCUGGAGGUAAGGACGAGAGUCGCCUGCCUCUGCACACACACGCAUACGCAUAUCCACCUGUGUCCAACCACAGGCAUCGUGGGCAUGCUGCACCUCGAACAAGGCUUGCCUGUUCAUGAGCUGGGGCCGUAUGGCUCGUUCCUCCGCGCCUACUAUGCCGCUGAAAAGGCAAGUGCACAGACUAGAAAGAGAAUGAGAGGAUCAUCGUGGAAGGAUUGCCGUGUCCGUUAUCAAUGCUGCAGAAACUCGGCCUUGAAGAGCCUGCUCAGCAGCUGGACUUGACCGUGAGCAUCAGCGGGCUCGAUUUCACUUCUGCCGAUGACAUGGGGCAGCUGGAGCAGCUCACAAGGGAUCUCGAGGACAGCGAAUACGCGCAUCCGGAGAGACGAAAAGCCGUAAGGAUAUGCCGGACACAUCAGCAGUAAGGUAUGGCUCUGAUAUGCACUCUCUUGGCUCAGAUCACUUCCUUCGUCCGCGCCUAUGACCAGUGGCGUUCCGCGAACGAAGUUGCGUUGGCCCCAGCAGCGUUUUAUGACCACCUCGGAACCUUUCUGAAGCAGCAGGGCGCCCCGCUCCAGAGGUUUGUGGUUCUUGACGAAGCUGAUGGGACCAUCAAGCACAUGAGAAUCUCUGUGAGGACCGUGGGUUUGCCCUUCAAAGACCAGGUGAGGCUUCCUUCGAUCGGCGGGCUGUUCUGUUGCAUAUGGCUAUAGUGAUUAUUGUGUGUCCGUCAUCAGGCCGACCUGAUGGUGUCGUUCCGCGAGGUGGUCGAUGGCUCGAAACUGAGUGCCAGGUCUGACGUCGACGUGUACAUCACGCACCCGUACUUCUUCAGGUGAGUGAGACAGAAGGGCGCAUUUCUGAAGGAAGACUCACGUUGGACUGCCUCCUUCUUACGUUAUGUUUGUGUGUCACAGGUUCGAGCAAGAGGUGGCGAUCCUUGGUCAGACGAUGCAGACGAUGCUGAUCGCUGCGGCUGCUGUCCUGGUCAUCACCUUCAUCUUCCUGUCGCACCCUCUCACCGUGCUGUUCGUCCUGUUGAUAAUCCUGAUGAUUGACGCCAACCUGGUACGCCUGACAGACGGAAAGGCAGGCAAACGCAGGGAAUAGUCGGCCGCGCGGUCACCCGACUGAUCUUUGGAUGGAUGUGUGGUGCGAUGCAGAUGGGCUACAUGACUUGGUGGAACGUGCCGCUCGACGCCACGAGCAUGAUAAGUCUGGUGCUGUCUAUCGGCUUCUCCGUCGAUUACUCGGCCCACCUGGCGCACGCCUUCAUGCUGGCCCCCGGCACACGGGACGAGCGGAUGCAGCAGGCGCUCUCCACUAUGGGCGUUAGCAUAGCCAACGGUGAGUGAGGGCAGGCCAGAAGGGUGAGGGAUGGGCAACGGAUGCGCUCCUGUCGAUUCAUGUGUGCAGGCGGCAUGUCUACGCUCUUGGCUACGCUGCCACUGGCUGGGGCCCCUGCGUACGUCUUUCGCGUUUACUUCAAGAUGAUGUUCAUGUCGGUCGUCUUCGGAGUCCUCCAUGGGCUGCUCUUCCUGCCGGUGCUGCUCUCGCUCAUCGGCCCCAAACCCAUGUCGAGAGCAGAGGACGCAGGAGACGAGGAAAGCCACAAGCAGAAAUCGAAGACGUCUUCCCAGGCUGACGACACGACGACACACAGCUCCCACGGGGAGUCUUGUGAUGUCUCGGAGGGCAGCGAUGAGGAUGAAGCUAGGCGCGCUUCCGAGACGACCGCAGACGACGAGGCGGGGAGGAUCGAUCAUGAACAUCAGGUCUAAGUUACUGUGCUGGUGUGGCCUCCUUGGCAUUUAUCUGGUGUGUUCGUGCGAGUAAGGAUGUGUGUGUGUUUAUGUGUACCUGGUCUGUCCACAACGGAUAAGAUGUUACUGUCCUGCCUUUUUCGUCCUUUCAUGUGGUGCGUGCGGCGGUGUGUUUAUCGUCCUGCAUGUAAUGUGUUUGCAUUCUGUGGUAGUCUGAACUUGGAGUGUUCUUCUCUGUGUGUGUGUCUGUCGACAUGUAAUCAAUCUGAUGUGUCUCUCUGUAUUGUCUGUCUGUCUGUCUGUCUGUCUGUCUGUCUGUCGUGCGUGUGGGAGUCCGCGGCUCGUCCCUUUUUGACCGAGUAGUAACGGUGCCGAAAUGGAUGACAAGAGCUUGCUUGUGGUCCUUGCACCUGCACUCGCCUAGCUAGGACUCCUAGCACUUUUGCAUGCAUCUCUGCCAACUGGUUCGUUGUCUGUCUGCACCACGUUGUGUGCAUGUGCGUGAACUGUGGUCGCUGUAUGGAUUGGCGGUCUGCCUGAUUGCGUUUGUGGUACGUGGACAUUUUUCCCUGCCUUCGAAAUCGUGAAAAUGAUGUCUUUCUUGUGCGUGAACAUUCGAGGUCGCGAGAAGCAACACGAGAAGCGAAUCUGCU